GGUGGGGGCUGGUCUCAAGACAACUUCACUCCACUGCCACGUCCCGGUACUGAACACAUCCUCUCUGUACGCACCAUAGUACGAGUUUGUUGUUGUGUGUGAACGUUUUCCAUCACGCGCCAAAGUUCGUCUUACACCCCCACCCCCACCCUGCGUGUUCCUGCUGAUAUGAGGUGAAGUAGCAGCAGCAGCAGCAGAAACAAGAGCAAAUAAUCAAAAUCAAUAACAUCAGCAACAGCGGUUUAAACACUGCACUACAGGAACACCAGCAACAUCAAUUAAAAAAAAGAUAAAAGGAACAACAUCUCCAAUAACAAUAUUAAGAAUUUUAAUAAAAAAAUAAACGAUUCGUAACAAAAGAAGUAUUUUAUAAAGAAGUAGACCGAGUUGCAACAGCACAACCAACGUCAUCUGUAAGACGAGGAGACUGUUGUCAUCACAGCCCAGUCGUCGGUGUAAACAAGCGCCUUCAGGAUGUCUUCAGGCAGUCGUCGGGCGUCGCAAUUCCAGCAGGAGAAGGAGGAGGAUGUGCCCCAGUGGAUCCCCGGGCUGGGCAACGACAAACCCAAGCCCAGGACUCUCGGCACUUCCUUCUUCGGCUACGUCCCGGACGCCUUCUGCGAGAAAACUCCAUUCCUCCCCUCAGAGAAGCAGGCCAAGGAGGCCGGAGAGGAGAAGGUCGAUCAGCCAGAGGAAGAGGUAGCAGCGCCCGGUAGUGAGCAUAGUGAUCAAGCAGACUCUAUCGACACCAGCGGUCAGAGAGACAUGGACGCCAGCAGUGACGAAGGUGUAGUGACGGAGGAGGUGGUGGUGCCCCGUCGCGUCAGGGCAAGGGACGCUGAACCUUGGGACGCUCACACUCCUGACACUGUCGACGGGAGUGCCCAGAACCGCCUGCUGAUCAAGGGUGGCAGAGUGGUCAACGAUGACAUGAUGCAAGAUGCUGACGUGUACAUCGAAGAUGGCAUCAUCAAACAAGUUGGCCUCAAUCUACACACUCCUGGUGGGACACGGGUGGUGGAGGCUAAAGGUCACUUGGUCAUACCAGGUGGCAUUGACACUCACACUCACAUGCAGCUGCCAUUCAUGGGAACAUUUGCUGUGGAUGACUUCUAUACAGGCACUAGGGCAGCACUGGCUGGAGGGACCACCAUGAUUAUGGACUUUGCCCUGCCUCAGCGUGGAGAGUCACUGGUAGAGGCAUACCACCGUUGGCGCACAUGGGCUGACGCUAAGGUGUGCUGUGACUAUGCUUUGCACGUUGGAGUCACAUGGUGGUCAGAUAAGGUAGGUGAGGAGAUGCAGGAGUUGACUGAAGAGAAUGGCAUUAACUCAUUCAAGAUGUUUAUGGCCUAUAAAGACACUUGGCAGCUUGGAGAUGAAGAUCUUCUUAAAUCAUUCAAAAGAUGCAAGGAGAUUGGUGCUUUAGCUCAAGUACAUGCUGAAAAUGGGGAUAUCAUCAAGGAGAAUUCAAGAAAAAUGUUAGCCCUGGGUAUCACAGGACCAGAAGGGCAUGAAAUGUGUCGCUCAGAGGAAGUUGAAGCUGAAGCAACCAACAGAGCCUGUGUUUUGGCCAAUCAGGUUGGCUGUCCUUUGUAUAUAGUGCAUGUUAUGUCAAAGAGUGCUGCUGAUGUAGUUUCCAGUAAGCGAAAGCAGGGCCACAUUGUGUUUGGUGAACCCAUUGCUGCCUCUCUGGGAACUAAUGGUACUCACUACUGGCACAAGUGCUGGCGGCAUGCAGCUGCCCACGUGAUGGGUCCACCCCUUAGACCUGACCCAGACACACCCAGAUACCUCAUGGAUCUUUUGGCAAAUGGUGAUCUUCAGACAACAGGCACAGACAACUGCACCUUCUCAGCUUCACAGAAAGCACUUGGAAAGGAUGACUUCACUAAGAUUCCUAAUGGUGUUAAUGGUGUAGAAGACAGAAUGUCUGUGAUCUGGGAAAAGGGUGUGGUGUCGGGUAAGAUGGACCCUUGCAGAUUUGUAGCUGUUACCUCCACUAAUGCUGCCAAGGUCUUUAAUAUUUAUCCCAAAAAGGGUCGCAUUGCAGUAGGUUCAGACGCUGACAUUGUAGUGUGGAACCCUCAUGCUACCAGAGUAAUUUCUGCAAAGACUCAUCACCAGGCUGUUGACUUCAAUAUUUUUGAGGGCAUGGAAGUUCAUGGCAUUGCUGAUUAUGUUAUAUGUCAUGGUCGUGUUGUGGUCGAAGAAGGAGAAGUUCGAGCAGUAUCUGGAAUGGGCAAGUUUGUUCCUACACCCUCUCACUGUCCCCAUGUAUAUGGCAGAGUGCAAGAGAGGGAUCGAACAAAUGCUCCAUGCAAGGUUGAGCGCGCACCCUAUGAUGGCCCUGUUACUCAACUGAAUGGUCAAGGACGUGUCCCAGUGCAGGAGAGUGGUAUCAUGGCUGCCAAUCAGGAGACUUUUUAUACCCGAGGUCCGACCAGAAGUGGGGGAGUCAACCUCCAUGAUUCAAGCUUCCACGUGUCGGGUGCCCAGGUUAAUGACAAGUCUCCAAAGCGACCUUCAGUGAAGGUGAACAACCCACCUGGAGGUAAAACUUCUGGUAGCUUCUGGUAGACGUGGUGAUGGUGGAGGCUGAUUACAACUGUCUUUUGAAGAUAUAAAUUAUAUUGCCCUUCAAAUUAUGUAUUCAAGAAACAUAAGAAGGUAUUAUGAAAACAGACAGGCAAAUGUAUAAAUUAUUCAUAUAUAUAUAUAUAUAUACACUUAAUAUUAUAAUUUAUAAUUUUUAUUCCAAAUUCAGAAGAUAUAAUGAUAUUCAUAUUUUAAGAUUUGUUACCAAAAGUUUUCCUGUUCUAACUUCAAAGAUGAUUUUUAAUAGUGCAUUUGAAAGAUUUUGUGAUGCCUAAUUUUUGUUCAUAUACAGUAUAUGUACUUUUUUUGCUUCAUAUUUCAAAGAUCAAGAAACACACAAAGGGCCUCACGAAUUGACCUUUGAAGUAAUGUACAUUUACUGGAAACUAGAUAUUACAGAAAGUUAUCACUGUCUACACUAGCAUGUUGUCACUGCCAGUAUGUGGAGUGAACGUUGCCUUUUCCACAACUUAUCACUUGAGUAAACGAUAUGACAGCAGCUGACAUUUGUUGCCUUACUAAAAGACACGGAUGUGAAAUAUGUUUUUUAAGAUAGAUAAGGAGACUUUCCAGUCAUCUUCAUUUGUAGUUUUCAUGUCUCACAGAGGAGCAUCAAAGUGUGAAAUCUUCAUUCAAGAUACUGUAAUGGCAAAUUAGUAUAAUUAUCUGAACAUAUGAAACCCAUUAAUUUCAGUAUUUAGCAUCUAGUAUUUUUUUCUUCUAAAAUAAUCCUUAUUCUGAAAAAAUCAAAGCAUAUACAAGUCUUACAUGGGACUAUUUAUUAUCUCACUGUAUUUAGUAUACAUGGAAUCCCCGAGUUACAAGCUCCCAUACUUACAAAUGUGAUCCCAUUAUAUUCAUAAUAAAAAUCCAGCACAACAUAUGAACAUUCACUGGUACUUACAAAGGCAGCGUGCCUCAGCUACGUGCUUGGUGGAUCCAGGUCCUGGCAACAACAGCAGUCAGUCAGUUGGGCAUCACCUUUCGUGUGUGUUUCUUGGUAUCUGCUUGCUGAUUUUUGUGAAUCCUUAUCAUGACUGGGAAGCAUGCGAGUAGUGGAUAUGAUGAUCCAAAGUCCAAAAAGUGUCAGACCAAGUUAGACACAAUUAGCAAGCCUCCAUCCCAAAUUAGCCAGUUGCUAAAGUUGAACUGGGAUAUGAUUAACACAACUCUUUAAAGACAAGGACAGAAUUCGUGAGCAUGUAAAGGGAUCUGCCACAAUGUAGUCUGCCACUGUUACUAAGCAGAGAUGGGUGUUAUUGUGGAGAUGGAGAAGUUGUUAAUAGUAUGGAUAGAGGACCAGUGUCAGCAUAAUGUGUCCAACACUAUCUUCACCUAGAAAUUAAAGCAUCUACUAGUUCUCCUAGCUUUAUCCAUUCAUAUGAGCAAGCCAUCUUCAAGGUAACUACCCCCAAAAAAUUAUAUACUACAAAUAAUUUACAUGCAUUAAUUACUAUUUGUGGCUUAGAAUUAUGAGUUUAUGGAUAGGAAUGGGUUGAAUUUUUCUUCUAUUGCAAAAUUAACAUGGUUCUGAGUUACGCACAUAUCGACCUACAACCAGGUCCAAGAACGUAACGCGGGGACUUCCUGUACUUUUUAUCUAUAUAAUAGACUUGAAUAAGAUUUUUAUCGCCCAAAAUAUCUUGUUUUGUCUUUGUAAAUUACCUGGUCAAAACUGUGUACUACUGUACUUUGUUCUCAAGUAUUUAUACAAUUUUGUCUGUAUAGCCAUACUGUGGCAAUUAUGGCAUUGGACAAUAAAUUCAUCAACAUA